UUUCAUGAGGAGGAUGUUGCUGGUCAAUAUGAUGAACUACUGCUGAUUUGGGAUUUUGAUGUUGAUGUGCUUCUAUCAACCACUGCCAUGCCAUUAGCACCAAAUUACCCACCUGACAAUGAUGAUGAUGAAAACAGUGGUACUUGCCCACUUUUGGACAUCACAAGGACAACUUGUAGUUGUUCACGCUUUCCAAUAAUUGGCAAGGUCUUAAUUGACUUGGCAGUUUUUAAGGUCCCUGAAACUCAAAUGCCAAACAACUUUCCACCAGAUCUUGAUGAUGAAUUUGAAGAUCAACUUGAUGAAGUGCUGGAACAAAGGUUGCCGGACAUACAUGUAAGUGAUAUAGACGAACAGGAUGCUAAACAAGAACAGAAUGCUGAUUUGGAACAGAAUGAUGAACAAGAGAUUGAUGAAGCAGAACAAUUUGCUGAAUUGAUAUUCAUGAAAGGCACUACUUUUCAUGGUCACUUUCAGGAAGCAUUACAUGCUUGCAAACAAUUAAUGCUUGAGGGAAAUACACCUGAAGGACAUGUCUCUCACUGCAGAGCCUAA